AUGGAAGAAGCUAUAGAUUCACGUGAGAGAAAGAGAGUGGCAACAAUGUCUGGUGUGUGGGUUUUCGACAAGAAGGGGGUGGCGAGGCUGAUAACACACCCAACCAAGGAAUCCUUCGAGCAGAAAGAGCCAAAGCAACCUGGCACAGCCACCGCACCAGGCGCUAGGCCAAGAGUCUUGGUCUAUCUCCCGAGCAACCAGGUCAUUCGCUCCUACACCGAACUCGAGCAGCGACUCACCGAACUCGGCUGGACUCGCUACCGUGACUCUGACCACUCAGACCUCAUUCAGUUCCACCGCUCCGACACCUCUUCCCACCUCAUCUCUCUCCCCAAAAACUUUGCCAACUUUAAGCACUUCCACUUCUACGACAUCGUUGUUAAGAAUCGUUCCUUCUUUCAAGUCCGCGACCCCACUCUGCUCUUUGAAUCAUUUCAACCAUAG